CAUCUCAUUCUUGAUGCUUGGACAUGCAGUAGAUUAAUUGGCGAAAUAUUUAGUCAGCGUAUAUACUACAUGACUUGUAUGUAUGUACACGUACAUAUACUGUUGUACAUAAAUUGUAUGUAUAAAUAUACAAAUGUAUAUUUUAUAUAUCUAUAUUUGUAUGAAGAGGGCGUGUUCGGGGUUAAAGCGCAUGUCAAAAUAGUGGAAGUAGGGGAUGUAAAAGCAGUUACCGCGGAAUUUAACCCGCAAAGGAGAAUCAACCGAGCGCCGAAAGUCGACGAUAGACGAGAUAGAAUAUCCAAGAAGAAGACCAAGAAGAAGAAGAAGUGUAGUUGGAGAAAUUUUAUCGGUACAACAUAUUUCUAUUUCGAGUAGUAUAAUUAUUCAGAGGAACGAAUUCGCAGGGAAUAACCAGUACCCCAAUAAAUACCAUUCGAGGAUUCAUCAAACGCUGCAGAAGAAGAAUAUCGUUAUGAAUACCGAAGCGAUUAAGGUUUCCGGAUACAUCCGAUGUGCUCUAAUGAUCAUUGUUCUUGUGAACGUUGUUAACGCGGCAGUACCGCAGGACAGGAUAGAUUCCCAGAUCCUGGACCCGUUCGUAGUGGACGUGAAAGCGAAGAGACCAUUUUGCAAUGCAUUCACCGGUUGCGGACGGAAGCGCAGUUCUCCGGGCGUAGGACAAAAUUUUCAGGCAUCUUUCGGUGCGGUCGCUGGUGGAAGUGAAGGUAUGAAAAUUGUACGACUUCCGCUUCCCCUUUACCGUGCCCUACUUCGUGCAGCGUCUCAAGAAAUGAAUAAUCAAAUUGAUCAAUCAACCGGUGAUUAUAGACUUCAAGAUGUUCCGAUUCAAGAAUUCGAAAUACCCGCGCAAAAACUUGGCGCUCGCGAUCAGUACGAAAGUUAAUUUAUCUCCGUUUAAAAAUUAUACAAAACAAAAAAAACAACAAAAAAAAAACAAAAAAUGAAACCAACAGACAAAAACAACAAAACAUACCUAUACGUACAUAUACA